AUGUUGACAUUGUAUUUGCAACUGGUUGCCAUAGGUGGAGAAGCUUCCUCUAGCAAAUCGAAAGGAGCUGCUACAAAAUCUGGUUGUAAAUCCAAGGAUGACACUAAAGUCGAUGGAAAAUUGAAGGACAACACCUCCAAGUCCGGUGCUAAAUCCAAGGAUAAUUCUCAGAAGAAAAAUAUUUCUACAUGUGUCCCUGCUUGUGGGGCAGCUGAAAGCGUAGUAUGGAGUUUGUGUAAAUUCUUUCGUAUAAUCUUCUUCUUUUGUUCUGCUUUUCAGCAAGUUGAGAAUUUUCUGUCAAGGGUGGAGCAGUCACCAUCAAAAUCAAUGCAAACUGCACUUUCUCCAUCUAUGAAGGCAUUGGUUGCAGAUGAACUUUUAAGGCAUCCUGAUGUAGAUGUGAAAGUUGCAGUUGCCUCCUGCAUCAGUGAGAUAACAAGAAUUACUGCACCAGAUGCUCCAUAUGAUGAUGAUCAGAUGAAGGAUGUCUUUCGGUUGAUUGUAUCAUCCUUUGAAAAUUUAUCUGACAAGUCCAGUAGAUCAUAUAGUAAGAGGACCUUGAUUCUUAAAACUGUAGCCAAGGUCAGGUCAUGUGUGGUCAUGUUGGAUCUAGAAUGUGAUGGUUUGAUUGUUGAGAUGUUCCACCACUUUCUGAAAGCUAUAAGGGAUUAUCACCCAGAGAAUGUGUUUUCUUCCAUGGUCACAAUUAUGUCUCUUGUACUGGAAGAAAGUGAAGAUAUUUCGUUUGAACUAAUCUCUCCCAUCCUAGCUAGUUUGAAAAAGGACAAUCAGGAGGUUCUGCCAAUUGCUCGGAAAUUGGGGGAGAGAGUAUUUGAAAACUGUGCAACAAAGGUCAAACCUUACCUGAUACAAGCUAAGGAAUCCUUGGGCCAUUCUUUUGAUGAUUACAGCAAAGUAAUUGCAUCUAUAUGUGAUGGAACAACUGAUGUUGGACAUAACAAUGACGGUACUGUUAGACAUAAUGAUGACGAUGCUUGUGGAGAACAGUUGGUAUGCUCACUUACAUUUUCAACAUAGUAUUCUUUUAUGCAU